AUAUAUGAGGGUCUUUGAUCAGAAAGAAAUUUGCCGUAAUAUUUUAUCAAUGGCCGGAAUGUUUUGCAAAUCAGUCUUCUCAGUCUACGUUUUUGACGACUUCCCGCGUGCCGUUUGCAGUAUUAGUGUUGUCAUUCUGUUCAUUUGGGGCAAUGUUACACUCGUGUGUGUGCAAUGUCGAAGCGUCCCCGGAACUCACUUUCCUGAUGAAACGAAGUUAACUGGGCAGACAGAGCUCUGUUUGAAGAGAUGUGGCACCAGCUUUCAUACGGAUGACACGGGAACAUCAAGUGGAGAGUUGUCCAGUGUUCAGAUAUGUUAUGACAAGUGCCUUCAGGAAAGAGGGAAACUGAUUUCUGUCGUAGAUGAUAAGAAUGUUUCAAUCAGUGAGGAAUUGACGUCAUCCUUCAAGAGAAUCAAACGCGAAAUCCCAGGGAGCGGGAAAAGUAGCAAGGACGGUAAGACUCACCCCACGAGUCCAACAUCAGAAAGUAGGAGACCUACUAUUAUUGUCCUUGCCAUUAUCCCUGUCACUGUAAUUAUUUGUGCUGUGUCUGCUCUGCUAAUUUUCUGCUAUCGACUACAAAAGAAGGCGUCCCCGGGACAAUUGGGCUCUUAUAAAGAUAUGCAAUUUGAAUACGACGCGUUUGUCAUAUAUAGCUCCCAAGAUUCAGAGUGGGUGGUUAAAACUCUUAUUCCAACUCUUGAGGAAAAGCAUGGGCUAAAAUGUUGUGUGCAUUAUAGAGAUUUCCCUCUUGGAAUUCCUUUUCGUCAAAACAUGGUUGACAGCGUUUAUAAGAGUAAGAAGACAGUGGCCGUUGUAUCCACUCACUUUUUCAAUAGUAAUUACUGUGGGUCAGAACUGGAUUACGCUCUUCACCGACUUAUGGAAAAGAAAGAUGAUAGCUUGGUUGUUGUCAAACUUGAUGAAGUCAACAGGAAGAAACUUCCCAGAGAACUCCAAAAAAGGAGUUAUAUAGACUUUUCAAAGUCCACUGAUAAAGAAACCUGGGAGAGAAAACUAGUUAAAUGCUUGAGGUCCACCAACCCUCGACCUGAAUAAUUUGAAUGAAGUUCGGAAGCUAAUAUCACCAAAGGAAUUCCUAGUGAUAUGCUGUUUAAAAACACGCAGUUAUUUGUAAGGAAUCUUCAUCGAUGGGAUGAUCUCUAUGUGUUAUUUGUUCGGAGUUCGUCUGUCGUAUGCAUAGAAAGGAGGUUCUUGGAAGUGUGGUAUAGUAGAACUACCUUAGUCACUGUAUCUAGAGUAAGUACUAAAACUUUAGGGUCUGUUAGCAGUCAACAUGUUUUUAAAAUAAAGAGGUGAACAAUUUUG